AUGGAGGUUGAAGCCGAUGGCAAGAUGGCUCAAGAAUUGAAAGCUGACAGUAAUGAUGUUCUUGACACUGGUCGCCUUUUCGUCCGUAACCUGCCUUACACUGCAACAGAAGAAGAGCUUAUGGAACAUUUUAGCAAAUUCGGUGAAAUAUCAGAGGUCCAUCUUGUUCUUGACAAGGAGACAAAAAGGUCCAAAGGGAUUGCCUUCAUCCUUUACCCGAUUCCAGAAUCUGCAGCAAGGGCAAUGAAGGAAUUAGAUAACUCAAUUUUCCAAGGGCGGUUGUUGCAUAUUUUGCCCGCCAAGCACCGUGAAAUUUGUUUAUCUGUGGCUUUACCCAACAGAAAUGACGCUUCGAAUCUGCCAAAAACAUUCAAGCAAAAGAGGGAGGAACAAAGAAAGGCGUCUGAAGCUGGUGGAAAUACAAAAGCUUGGAAUAGUUUAUUCAUGCGACCCGAUACUAUUCUAGAAAACAUUGUCAGGGUGUAUGGUAUAAGCAAGAGUGAGUUUCUUGACCGUGAAGCUGAAGAUCCUGCUGUACGCCUUGCUUUGGGAGAAACAAAAGUGAUUGCAGAGACCAAAGAAGCCCUUGCUAAAGCUGGAGUAAAUGUCAGUUCUUUGGAAGAAUUUGCUGCAGGGAAAGGCGAUGACAAGCUUCGAAGCAAACAUAUUCUCUUAGUAAAGAAUUUGCCAUUUGCUUCUACUGAAAAGGAACUGGCUCAAAUGUUUGGAAAAUUUGGAAGUCUAGACAAAAUUGUUCUCCCUCCGACGAAGACGAUAGCCUUGGUUGUUUUCCUUGAACCGGCUGAGGCACGUGCAGCUAAAAAAGGAAUGGCAUACAAACGUUACAAAGAUGCUCCCCUGUAUCUGGAGUGGGCUCCUGGAAAUAUUCUCGAGCUGAAAACACUUCCCGAUAACAAUGAAAAGAAGAGUGAUGUUGGAGAAAAUGAUGCGAGAAGAAUCAACUUGGAGCAGCAGGUUCAAAUUGAUCCGGAUAUAACUGAGUCAAAUGUCCUUCAUGUUACGAAUCUGAGCUUCAAGACAACUGACGAGGGUUUGAAGAAGCAUUUGACUAAACUGGUGAAGCAGGGAAAGAUUCUGAGUGUCAAGAUAAUAAAGCAUGUAAAGAAUGGGAAAAACCUUUCAAGAGGUUAUGGUUUUGUAGAAUUCGACUCUGUAGAGACAGCGACCAGUGUCUGCAGAGAUCUACAGGGAACUACACUGGAUGGACAUGCUUUGAAGUUAAAAUUCUGUGAAAACAAGCGUAGUGACACGGUUGGGAAAAGUUCAGACAAGGACAAAACUUCGACAAAGUUACAUGUGAAAAAUGUAGCUUUUGAGGCAACCCAGAAGGAACUAAGACAACUUUUCAGUCCAUUUGGACAGAUCAAGAGUCUUAGGCUUCCAAAGAGGAAUAUUGGACAAUCAGCAGGUUUUGCUUUUGUUGAAUUUGUGACAAAGCAAGAAGCUGCAAACGCGAAAAAUGCAUUGUCAAGCACCCAUUUCUACGGGCGCCAUUUGGUGCUUGAGUGGGCCAAUGAUGAAAAUAGCAUGGAAGCGAUCCGGAAACGUUCUGCUGCAAAGUAUAUGGACCAAGAAAACGAUAAUCGAAAGAAAAGGAAAAGCUCGAAAGUUGUUGAUGAAAGCAGAAUGAAGUUUGAGAGUAUAGCUGAAUAA